UUUGGUUGCGGUAUUACGGCUCGAUUAAAUUAGUUGUUUUUCUGAUUUGUAAGCAAUUUAAAAUGGAUCAAGACUUAGAAGCUCUCAUUUUGGCCAAUGCUAAUGAUGAAGACAUCGAGUUUCUCAUCUUGCAUAACAUUCUGGGAGAAGAACGUAUAUUACCGGCUCAAAAUCAAGAAUUUGAUUUAGAAAAUAUGUCAGAAGCAGACGUAAAAACUAAUUUCAGAUUUAGUAAGCAAGAUAUUCCUGUAUUGGUAAAUGCUUUACGCAUACCAGAUAUUAUUCAUACGGAUACUAGAAACACUGUUACUGGAAUUAUGGGUCUAUGUAUUUUAUUGAGAAGACUUGCAUAUCCUAGUCGGCUUAAAGAUCUUCAACCAUUGUUCAAUCUUUCUCCACAGUCAAUGUCUCAAAUUAUUAAUCAUAUGAUUACAUUUAUCACUGAAAAUCAUGUACAUCUUUUAACAGAUCUAAGAAAUGUUCCAUGGUUAAAUGAAGAGAGAAUGGAAACAUAUGCCGAGGUAAAUAAUUAG